GUUGCAACUGAUAGUAUCUACCAAAGAUGAUGUAUCCAAAAAUGGUCGACACUAGUACUUGUGUAUUCUUUGGUUGUGAGUUGAAAUCGCAGCCAGAGAGUAUAUUCGCGGCUCGCUAGGUUUUCGCCGCACGGAGCUGGUGGAAAAGUCAAGCAUGGCAGGUGAUAGAAGUAAUCGAGUACCUGAAGAUGAAGCGAAUGGGGAUAUUGGGGGAGAUUCGGACGAUGUCACGCAAGAGAAAGCUCAGAAGAAAACCGCGAAAUAUGACAGUGGAGCCGCAGAUCUUGAAAAAGUUACUGAUUAUGCAGAAGAAAAAGAAAUUUGUUCUGCUGAUUUAUCAGGGGCCAUGACUAUUAUUGGUGAUAGAAGAAAUAAGGAAGCUGCUGAAAAGAUGGCCAAAGAACGGGAACUUCUUAAAAUUUCCAUUAAGAAGGAGGAUGUGGAUCUAAUGAUGAGAGAAAUGGAAAUUUCCAGAGGCCUUGCAGAACGUACUUUACGAGAACAUCAUGGCAAUGUUGUGGAGGCUCUGGUAUCUCUGACAGAUUAAAAGCACCUUCUUUUUGUGUCUGUCAACCUUGUAAUACCUGUUCUUCUCUGUGUAAAUGAUUUCAAUUAAAGUUCUGUAUUAUUAUUUGCAAUAAACUUAAUAAAAACAUAGUAAUUCUCUCAUUUACAAAUGAAAUGAAAAUUAACAAGUUAAGAUUAAUAGUGUGUGACUUCCAUUUGUAGCAUUUUGUGUGUCUAUAAGUAAUGAUAGUAACUACUAUCUUGAACAGGAUUUCAAUUAUCAUUCUUUCUUGCUUAAGGAUGAAAAGAAAUUGACAAAUUGAUUUUAAAGUUUUCUGCAAUGAUGGAAUUGAGAGGUUACGUUAUUUUGGGAAAGUUCACUCAGAAUAUUAGGCUUUCUAUAAUUGAGCUAUUUAUGUCAAAAAGAAUACUAGUGUGAAUCUGACAUUUAUGUUGAAAUGAUAAAAGAUGCAUUCAGCAAGAUAAGGGUCUCUCUGUUUGUUGAAGACCAUGUGGAUCAAGGGAAACUAAAUGAAAACCUGAUUGAGGUGGUGUCAUCGAUCCAGAUGUUAACAACGUUGGUUACGUGUAGAAAUACAGUAAAAUUGUUGCUUGGAAUAUCCUGAAAAUUAAGAUAUUUAAUUGUUGCUUUGACGUGAUGUUUCUUUACAAGAACAGUUUUGUUUUUUGUUAAUUGAAAUACGAUUCAGUUCUACAAUUCGAAAUUUUAAUGAUUAAAGUAGGGUACGUGUCGCACUCUUAGACUUCUUUAAGUUGUACUGUAUACUAGACUUCAGCCAUUGUAAUCUUGAUAUUAUUGAAAUAAUUAUAUGACGAUUCAUAAUUAUUUCAUUGUAAAUGCCAAAGGUAACUCGUCACAAUACCAGUAAUCAUGGUAUUA